GGUGCCCGGGCGCGUCAUGGCCGCGACCGCGUGGAUGCCCACGGUUUCUCGAUUGCUAGGUGCUUUCAAAACCCAAAAAAAGGUGACCAGAAGUUUUGGUAAUGCUGUACAAACAGUAACUUUAAUCCCAGGAGAUGGCAUAGGACCGGAGAUUUCUGCUGCUGUCAUGAAGAUCUUUGAUGCUGCCAAAGCACCUAUUCAGUGGGAAGAAAGGAAUGUUACAGCUAUCCAAGGACCAGGAGGGAAGUGGAUGAUACCCCCAGAAGCCAAAGAAUCCAUGGAUAAAAACAAAAUGGGAUUAAAAGGGCCUCUGAAGACCCCGAUUGCUGCAGGGCACCCGUCGAUGAAUUUGCUGCUGCGUAAAACCUUUGACCUUUACGCCAACGUGCGUCCGUGCGUGUCCAUCGAGGGCUACAAAACCCCCUACACAGACGUGAACAUCGUCACCAUCCGUGAGAACACUGAGGGCGAGUACAGCGGCAUCGAGCACGUGAUUGUUGAUGGGGUUGUGCAAAGCAUCAAGCUGAUCACAGAGGAAGCCAGCAAGCGCAUUGCAGAGUUUGCUUUUGAAUAUGCCAGAAACAAUCAGAGAAGCCACGUGACUGCUGUGCACAAGGCAAAUAUUAUGAGAAUGUCUGAUGGGCUUUUCUUGAGAAAAUGCAGGGAGGCAGCAGAAAACUGUAAAGAUAUUAAAUUUAAUGAAAUGUAUCUGGAUACUGUAUGUCUGAAUAUGGUUCAGGAUCCAUCUCAAUUUGAUGUGCUUGUUAUGCCAAACUUGUACGGUGACAUCCUCAGUGAUUUGUGUGCUGGACUCAUCGGGGGUCUUGGAGUAACACCCAGUGGAAACAUUGGUGCCAACGGCGUGGCCAUUUUUGAAUCAGUUCAUGGAACAGCACCAGACAUUGCAGGAAAAGACAUGGCAAAUCCAACUGCCCUCCUUCUGAGUGCUGUGAUGAUGCUGCGCCACAUGGGAAUGCACAAACAUGCCACAAAGAUUGAGUCAGCUUGCUUCGAUACAAUUAAAGAUGGAAAGGUCUUGACAAAAGACUUGGGAGGCAAUGCUAAGUGUUCAGAAUUCACAGAGGAGAUCUGCCGCCGAGUACGGGACAAAGACUAAACCUGCUGCUGCUGCUGACUCUGGAAGGACACACCACGGAGCCCAAUAUAUGUAACCUGAUAUCCACAUGCAUAGAGUUUGCUUAUCCCUUGAGAGCAAACUUUUUAGCUGAGGCCUCUCCAUUAAUAAAUCUAGUCCAAAUGGCUACAAAUGAUG